AUGGAGGGUAUUUAUAAAAUUAAAUUGAUACCUACUGACCUGAGUACAGAAGAGACCAUACUACAAAUUGCUGACACCCUCGACAAUUUGAAUGGCGUAAUCGAUGAUAUCUACACUCGAAUGACAAAUAGGAUCAAGCAGAAUGUUGACAAAACAAACAAACUUAAAGAUCGAAUAGAGGUUUCUAGAAAGAAAGUUGAAAAUGUGACGGGCAUGCGGAAAGCUAUCAAAGUGUUUUCUAGUGCAAAAUACCCGGCAGCCAUUACUCACGAAGAUUACCAAUCCAUAUUUGAUUUAAACAGAUACUGUCAUCAACCACAAGAUAUAACUCUGAGUGGGAAAACUCAGGGGCAAUCUAAUGAGAAAGGAAUUCAGGAAAAACUCCACUUCUAUCAUGUUAAAAUUGCAUCACCCAAGACUACAGUGCCCACACCAGAUUUUGAUUUAAAUGCUGUCGUAGAGAAAAUACAAACUGUUGGAGAACUGCUAGUGUUCAAUACCAACGAGAGUCCAUAUUUAAGGGCUCCGGAACAAUUGCCCACAUACAUUCCAAAAGUGUCUGAUGUAGAUAAUAGGUGUUUACUGGAAGAUGCUCCAUCGUCAAUAAUGAAAAGAGAUGUUCUGAAGAGAGAGCUCGAUGAAUACAUGUACACCCCUGGCAUGGGAAUGGUACCGGAGCUGGAGAUGCCUUUAGACCUGCCGCAUCUGCCGGGCAUAGCGGGCGACGUACAAUUCUCUAUCACGACGGAGGGGUCGAUCGCGCCCUCCGUGGUCACAUCGCCCGUGGCGCCGGUGGUAGCGUUGCCGGAAGUGGAGCUGCCGGACUUUAAGGAGUUGCCGGACGUAAAAGAGCCUGCGCUGGAUGUGCCGAUGCCGGAUGUGCCGGUGCCGGUGCCGAUGCCGAUACAGCAAACCGCCGUAUUGUUGCCGCCGCCUCCACCGCCUCCGCCGCCGCCACCUCCUCCACCUCAAAUGGAGACGGCACCUCCACCUGAAGCUAAACGAACCAGUGCCGCCCCUGCAGCAGCUGCGGCGGGCGCUGGCGACGCACAUUCCAGCCUGAUGGCAGCUAUUCGGCAGGCCGGUGGAGCUGGGCGGGCCAAGCUGCGCUCUGCCGCUGAAACUACUUCGCAAACGACAUCGAAGCCGGGAUCUGGCGGUGACCUGAUGGCAGACCUGCACGCCAAGCUAUCCAUGCGCCGUCGUGGCAUCUCUGGAGCGGAGCGCGCGUCGGCCUCCUCUGGCUCAGUGCUGCAUGCUCUGGCCAGCGUCAUACCCGAGCCUGGUGACUCCUCCCCGUCGCGGUCCCCCCCCGACAGUGACUGGGAGUAA